UCUAGUGAAAAACAAAAACAACUUGUGAAAAAAGCGUAGUAGUGGAAUCCCAAUCCCCAACCUCAGCAACUAGAUCCAGUGGGAUAGCACUUUGAAUCGAACAAUGAUUGGGUUACGAGCUUUAUCUUUUCUCGGAAUCGCUUUUCUUCUUUCCUUAGAAGAUAGAAUCUCAACGCCCGUUUGCAAUAAUCCCGUUGCGGAAGCAGAUUCCUUAAAGGUCAUGAUGGUUGCUGACCUUUUGCUUCUAGGCUCGGAAGCUGGUUACAUUAACCGCUUCUUCAGAGAUCACUACAUGUCCAAAUUCUUUCGGAAAUCUUUUGAAAGUUUGAAGCCUGAUUUGCUUAUUGUCUUGGGGGAUGUUUCUGCAAAAGGUUCGAAGUUAACAAAAACCAAAUGGCUGUCGGUACUCCAUCAGUUUUACCAAAUGGUGGGGCCCUUUGUUGAUCUUCCAUUCCAUGCAACUCUCGGUGACAGAGAUAUUGGAGAAUGCAGUGAUCUUGAUGUGAAUAAAGUCAAUUGGAUUUCUCGCAAGUUACCAGGAUUGGAUCGUUCUGGCUGUGGUGCAUUUGAUAUUGGUAAUAUCAGUUUUGUUUCACUGAAUGCCGUUGCCUUGCUUUGUGACAACAGUAGUUUACGUUUUGAUGUUGAAAAAGUAAUAGAGAGCGAAAGUUUAGUACUUCGUGAGGUAACAGAGGCAACAACAACAAAAACAAGAAAUCAUUCCACGCACUCUGCAGAUGCCAACUAUAACUUUUUUUGGAGGGAAAGCACACUGUCGUCUGGAUCAGGUCCUGUCCUUCUGCUGCACUUACCGUUGGACCGAACUAGAAACGAGCGCUUUGGUGGCACUGAAGGUUUUGAAAGAUCUUCUAGCUCUUUUAUAGAGCGGUUAAAUGUGGUGCCAAAAAACAGGGAGCUCGUUGGGACUGGCGUGUACAAUUUACUUCAUACCCUCCCACUGAAUGCUUCUGAGUAUAUUUUACAAGCUCUGAGGCCAAGGAUCAUCUUUAGUGCUCACAGGUAUACAUUUUCUGACCACGUCCAUUUCGAUAGAACUCGGGAGAUUAUUGUUCCGGCAAUGUCAUGGAAUGCAAGAGAUGACCCUGGAUUUGUAAUUGCUACUUUCCAAAAAACAGGAAGAGAUGUGAAUAUAAGCUAUUGUUCUCUGGCCAGGGAAUCUCAUAUUCUUGUAAUUUAUGUCUCUAUAAUAGUUUUGUUUUGUUUGGCAUGUUUAAAAGGAUAGUGUGGAUGAUUACAAACAACUCCCAGAAAAAUACCAAAAGAAAGAAGAUGGUAUUAAAGUAGAGAAUGCUUUGUCUCUACCAAUUUUGAAAUCCAAGAGAAGUUUUGUUGCUAAAUUGAGUUUAGCUCAAGAAUGGCAAAAUUGAGUGUUUAUAACUUGGAUCGGCCCAUUGAUCAAAUUGAUUGUAUCUCUGAAGAAAUGUCAGCAUCAAAUGAAUCAAUUUGAACAACUUCAAAAUCUAAAUUGAUUGACAGGAUUUGAUUUUAUCAAAGGUUUUCAACCUAGAUUGCUUUGAAAUGCAGAUUAAACUGUUCACAAACCCAUAGAGGCUAAAAUGGUGAAUCUUUUGCCUAAACCUAUUUCUAUAGACCCCCUUGGAGAAACCUUUGCAUAUAAGAUCAUAUAAAGUCAAAUAAGAGUGAUGCAUAUUAUAAAUACAAAAUUAAUAGUUUAUAUAAAUUGUGAGUCUAAUUUUGUUUUGCACAUACAACUAACUAUAAAUCACACUGAUACUACUUUGUUAAAUUAUUAUUUUAAAUAUACACUAGUAACGGAGUAUAUGAUAAGAUCUCAUUGGAUUAGAUGCAUAAUUUAAUAUUACAAUUAUGUUUCAAUCAAUAUUAUUAAUUAUCAUAUAAAAAUUAGUUUUACUUAUAAACUGAAUUGUUUAGAGAGAGGUAAAACUGUAACCCUCAAGUUUGAGGGGUGGAGUUAUGCAAGUGAAUGAGAAGAAAACUUGAGCAUGACUCAUAAUUAUACGUAUAUAAAAGAAACUAUUGGAAUUAUUCUCGCUUGAUUUGUAUGGGAUGUGGGGAUUGUUAGAUGCACAUCAAUGAUGAAGAUGAAUACAAAAUGUGUACUCCUAUGUGAUGGAGAUGAACACAAAUGAAGAUGAACAGAAAAAGUGCACUCCUAUGUGAUGGAGAUGAACACAAGAGGCACAUUUCUAUGUGAUGCGGAUGUCCACAUGUACGCCAGU